UCCGGACCAACCAGAUCAUCAGAAUAUUCGAAAGAGCACCGAAGCGUUUUGAAAAAUAAGUGAGUUAAAUAGUGCGAAUAUUUGAAGUUCAAAAAUAAUGGCAUUGCUACCACUGUUGUUCGAGAACUACGUUCGCCCAACUCGUCUUUUGGACCAACAAUUCGGUAUAUGCUUGGAUCCCGAAGACUUGUUAGCCCCUGUGCUCGACCCUCGACAUGUUCUUGGCCAUUUCAGAAGUCCUGUGGGAUAUAUUCGCCCUUGGAGAACGGCUCAUUCUCAGAGCGACGUUGGAUCUACCCUAGCCAUCGACAAAGACAACUUCAAAGCCAACCUGGACGUACAGCAGUUCAAACCAGAAGAGAUAACUGUGAAAGUUACUGGUAAUAACACCAUAACCAUUGAGGGAAAACACGAGGAAAAGCAAGAUGAUCACGGUUUCAUCUCUAGGCAGUUCAUGAGAAGAUAUGUUCUACCACAGGACUGCGAUAUUGACAAAAUAGAAUCGAAACUAUCCUCUGAUGGAGUGCUUACUAUAACUGCUCCUAGGAACAAACCAGAAGAGGCCGAAAAUAAAACCAUUCCUAUAACACAAACAGGGCAACCUGCAAAGAUCGAACAGAAGAAAGAAGAAAAAGCCGAGGAGGAAUGUAACGGAAAAUUUCAGUGUAAAAUGGCUCUAUUACCAUUGUUGUUCGACAACUAUAUUCGCCCAACUCGUCUUUUGGACCAGCAAUUUGGUUUAUGCUUGGACCCCGAAGAUCUGUUGGCCCCAAUUGUCGACCCAGGACACAUGUUUAGCCAUUUCAGGAGUCCUGUGGGAUACAUUCGUCCUUGGAGAACCGCUCUUUCGCAAAGAGAUGUUGGAUCCACCCUGGCCAUCGACAAAGACACCUUCAAAGCCAACUUGGAUGUACAGCAGUUUAAACCAGAAGAGAUAACGGUGAAAUUGUCUGGUAACAACGUAACUAUCGAAGGAAAACAUGAGGAAAAGCAGGAUGAGCAUGGUUUCAUCUCUAGGCAGUUUGUGCGAAGGUACGUUUUACCACAGGACUGCGAUAUGGAUAAAGUGGAAUCGAAAUUAUCUUCGGAUGGAGUUCUAACCAUAACUGCGCCUAGGAACAAACCAGAAGAGGGCGAGAAUAAAACUAUUCCCAUUACUCAAACGGGACAACCGGCUAAAAUCGAGCAGAAGAAAGAAGAAGCUGACAAGAAGAAAUAAAAUGGAAUAUCUAUGGAGAAUUUUUGAAUAUUUUUUUUUACAGAGAUCUGUGUAAAAGCAGGCUUCGUUGAUUUUUAUAAUCCAAAGGCAAAAAUUGAGACUGAUAUGUAUAUAUAUUCACAUUUUGAGUUCAUUUUAUACUUAUAUAAGUUUUAUAAUUAUUUCAUAAAAUAAAUUAGAUCUGUUGAAUA